AUGACUGGCGGGCAACGUCCCAGGCGUCCUCCACCAAAUGCCCUAUCGAUAAACCCCCAACAGCUUCAACCCUCGGUGACCUCGUCGAGUAGCGAUGCGGGGGAUUCUCGAUUACGUGUGCCCAACGAACCCUCCUCCAGGCAGACAGGAAACCCCAAAGUGGCCAUACCCAGAGUGCCUGGCUUGCUUGAGCAGUCAAACACAAACAAACGGGUUGGCCACGCCUGCGAAUCAUGUCGAGAACAGAAAACAAAAUGCAGCGGUGAUCGCCCAGCAUGCGAACGUUGUCAAGAACUCGGCUUAAUGUGUUUAUACGGAGAUCGGAAACGUGAACGAACAGCGAAACAGCUUAGGGAUUAUGCGAACCAAGUGAAUGAAUAUGAACAGCUUUUGAACAGUCUCCAUCCAAAACUUGAUCCAGAAGAUGUCCAGACCAUCCAAGAUACGCUGGCUAAAUAUAGGCUCGAUACUGACAAGUACACUUCCGACGACUUUUCCACGUUUUUCAGUCGAUCAGGUCCUUCGGACUCGUCCGAUCAUACGUCAGCCCCUGGACGACCGGCUCUGCUGAACGUUCUCAGCGGCGCCGAUUAUACAGAGGAAGAUUUCAACCGAAACGAUCAAUCCAAAGCCCUCGGUUUCGUGGGCAAACAUGCCGAGACAGCCUGGUUGUAUAACCUGAAACGUGAGAUCGAGUCAAAUACCGGAGACGCAGAACAAACAGAACCGAACUUACUAGAAGGCCAUCGAGGCUACCAUUCCAUCGCAUCGGCAAGCUAUUUCCUGGACGACUGUGAGAUUACGAUCAACGAAGACAUUGAUCCUCUAGGUCGACCCUCGCAAGUUGUUGCUAACGGACUGGUGCAAACUUUCUUCAACACGGUGCAUGCUGAUUUACCGAUUCUAAGAAAGGAAACAUUUCUCAACCAGGUGAAUUCUUUUUACACGGCUGCAUUCGUUCAGCCUGGGCGCCAGUGGCUGGCCAUUUUGAACCUGGUGUUUGCGAUAGCAUCUCGAAGUGACCAGCAUCAGAUCCGGAACACUUUGCGGAAUGUUGGCGAGGAGACCCUGCAGUAUUUUUCUCGGGCCUGGAAACUGGGCCUGAAAGACACGUGUCUUCUGGACCACGCUGAUUUGCAGCAAGUUCAGAUCGAAGGAUUGACGUCGUUCUUUCUCUUGUCUUUAGGCCACAUAAACAGGGCGUGGAGAAUAUGCGGGUUAGCCGUUCGAUCGGCAACAGCCAUGGGCCUGAACUUGCGGAGUGAAAGCAAUUACGUGACACUUGCGUCAAAGGAGUCACGCUACAAGGUCUGGUGGUCUCUCUACACACUCGAAACACUUCUCGGAAUCAUGCUGGGCCGUCCGAUCAGCGUGGAGAAGGAAUUUUGCACAACGCCGUUCCCGGUUCCAUUCGAGGAACAUGACUUUUCCGAUCCGAAGGUUAUACAGGUUAUGAGCGAUGGCAGACUUCGCAACAAUCUUCUGGGCCAUGUUAUUGCGGGACCGUUUGGCGAUGCUUCUCUCGCGUUGACGGGGCAGAGUAUCCGGACGGCGAUGGAGCUUUUGAAACCGAAUCAUGUCCUUUAUUUCGUGUGUUUUCUCGACCUCGCCCGGUUGAUGCGACAGGUCGUCGAAGCCCUAUACGCUCCUGAUGUUUCUCAAUAUCUACCGACGGACCCGGAAAUCGUCAUCACUGAUCUUAACAUCAAAGCCGACGUGUGGCUUUCAAAGCUACCGUCUGCAUUCAAAUUCACGGACGAGAAGCGUGUGACGACUCGAGAUUACCGUUGCCUCCGCCUCGGGCUACAGUACUAUAGUACGAGAAUAUUGAUUUCCAAGUCCUGCCUCCACAGUCUCGAUUGGUCUUCAGCAGGCGACCACAGAUUUUACGAAAAGACCGGAGACAGCUGUGUGGAAGCUGCUUGUCACAUGUUGGGUCUCUUCCCGGCAGCAUUUGACGCUACAUGGCUGACCGAGGUGGCGCCGUGGUGGUCUGUACUGCAUUAUCUUGUCCAGGCCACGACAGUUCUGUUGAUCCGGGUUUCUGCCAGUGCAGAUUCGUCGCGAAAUUUGCGGCAUGCACUGGACAAAGCGGCCACGUGGUUGAGUGGGUUGUCGUUGAAGGAUUUGGCUUCGCAGCGAGCGUAUGCUGUAUGUGCCAGUCUGCUUGAACAACUCGAUCCAAUGGCUGGACAAGGGGGGGGUGUGAGAUAG